UACCCCGGCCCGCACCACAUCUUGUCGUCGUCGUCGUCUUCGCAGCGCAGAGUGCACCUGCAGCGUAAGCAGGCAUGCUCGCUCGCUUGCUCCAUCUGGGUGGCCCGAGCAAUAAUUCCGAUCUUGUCUCACCAGCAACACAGCGCAACAAGAGAAGCGGCAAGCGCGAGAAAAAGCUAGAGAGAGAGAGAGUUGAAGAGAGAGAGGGAGGGAGAGAGCUAGAAAAGGAGAGAGAAACCAUACAAAACCCCCAUUAAUUCCACCGUGAUUCCAUCUCAUUUGUCCUCCUUCCACCGCUUCUUUUUAAGCUCCAACCGAGCAGUCCUCUCUUCUUCGUCACACUCCUCUCUUGGAUAAAUCCUACCUCUCCUCCACCUCUGCAUUGCUCCUAGAGUAGUGGCGCGGUCUGUGUCGUGGCUAAGCUUUGCUCUGUGCGAGGCGUUGUGACGAAGUGAGGUGAGCUGAGGCCACGAGGAGCUGGGCGGCAUGAGGGCUGGCGGGAUACUGUGCCGGUCGCAGGCGGCGACGGCGGUGUGCGUGCCGGGGGACGCGCGGUCCAUGGUCGUGGCCCGCCGCGCUGACCGGACCAUCGUCGCGGAGGACGCGCGCGUCCUGCAUGACGUCAGGUACGCGCGCCUCGGCGGCAGAGGCGACGCGCGCUCCAGCACGUCGCGGCGGCUCGGCGUGCCGAGGGCGGCGCCGCCGCCUCCACCUCUGCCUCCUAGCAAGUCGCACGGGGAGACAAGGCGGCGCGGGCGUGCGCCCGUGGCCGUGACGCUGCCCAUGGUGACCAAGAGCCCCAACAGGGAGGCGCCGGCGCGGGAGCUCGCGGCCGCCGCCAAGCGCAUGCUGCCAGCGCCGACCGCCGCGCCGUCUGGCGACCAAGUCCUCCAGGUGGUGGUGAUGAAGGUGGCGAUACACUGCCAGGGGUGCGCAGGGAAAGUGAGGAAGCAUAUCUCCAAAAUGGAAGGGGUGACGUCGUUCAGCAUCGACCUUGAGAGCAAGAAGGUGACGGUGAUGGGCCACGUGUCUCCCGCCGGCGUCCUCGAGAGCAUCUCCAAGGUCAAGAAGGCCGAGCUCCUCGUCUGACAUCUCCGGCCAUGAAUGCUCGAAAGUGAAGGGAGGACGGGAGGAGGAAGACGAAGAACCUACCUUCUGCUCGUAGUCUGUGUGCAAGUAGGUAGUCUCUGUUGGGUCAGUAGAGUUAGAGAGAGAAGAGCAGACAGAUCGAGAAGGUACCUGGAGAGAGAGAGAGAGAGAAACUAGGAACAUGCAUGGUAUAUCGGUACAUCGAUGGAUGGAUGAAGGCAUGCGUGCUGGCAGAGGCAGGCAUGUGUGCCGAUAGCUGUGGCUGGCACCUGCUAGCUUGUCAAAGUGCCGUUGUCGUCGUCGUGUGUGCAACUGUGCAAGCUUAUUACUUUAUUGCAUACAUAUAUCGUUCAACC